CAUCCCUUCCCCCCCACAAUGCAGUUCGCGGCGCGGCGGACAUGGCGGUGGAGUCCUGAGCUCGUAGUGUCCCGGCCUCCAGCUGCGGCGGUGACGGCGGCGGCGGCAGCAGCAGCAGCAGCGGAAGGCGGAGGGGGUGCGGGAGCCACUGAGAUGAGGAGGCGUCGCGCGCGCCUGUAGCUCGCGGGCCUCGCAGUUUGCUUGCCUAAACUGGAUUUGAAGCAAUUUAAACUACUGGAAAUCUGCCAUUUUACAAUAUUAGAAUUGGAAAGAAGCAGGUUUUCAAAUAAUGGAAGAGUCUAAGACCUCUAAAAGUGAAAAUCAUGAACCAAAGAAGAAUGCUAUUUGUGAAGAAAGCAAAGCAGUUAAAGUUAUAACUAAUCAAACUUUGAAAGCUAGAAAUGAUAAAUCCAUAAAAGAAAUUGGAACCAGCUCUCCAAAUAGGAAUAGUAGUAAAAAAAGUAAACAAAAUGAUAAUUGUACAGAAAAAACAGAAGCGAAAUCAUGUAAAGUAAAUGCUGCUGGUGUUCUAGGCCCUAAAGAUUUGGGAUUAGUCCUUCGAGAUCAAAGUCAUUGCAAAGCAAAAAAAUUAUCUAAUUCACCUAUGAAAACUGAAAAGGCACCUGUUUUACAGGCAAAAUUAGAAAAGACACCUGGUUUACAGACAAAAGCAGAAAAAUCCCUAAAGUCACCUAAUUCACCAAUGAAAGCAGAGAAAGCACCUACUUUCCAGAUGAAAUCAGAAAAGGUCCCCACUUCUUCAGCAGAAGCAGAAAAAGUACCCAGUUUACCAUUGAAAGAAAAUAUGAGACAGACAGAAUUACAACAGAUUGGAAAAAAAAUUCAAAUUUCCUUUACUUCUAUGGACAAAGUGAAUGUUGUGGCUAUAGAGGGGAAAAAAUCUGCUAUGGAAAACUCACCACAAACUCAGAAUCAACAAACACGUGCUGAUAAUACUGGUGAUUCUGAUGAUAGUGCUUCAGGAAUUGAAGACAUAUCGGAUGAUUUGAGUAAAAUGAAGAAUGAUGAAUCUAAUAAAGAAAAUUCUUCAGAGAUGGACUAUUUAGAAAAUGCCACUGUGAUAGACGAGUCUACAUUGACACCUGAGCAGAGGCUGGGUUUAAAACAAGCAGAAGAACGCUUAGAAAGAGAUCACAUCUUUCGACUUGAAAAACGAUCACCAGAAUAUACAAAUUGCCGGUAUCUAUGCAAACUUUGCUUAAUUCACAUUGAAAAUAUCCAAGGAGCUCAUAAACAUAUAAAGGAGAAGAGACAUAAGAAAAAUAUUUUGGAAAAGCAGGAAGAAAGUGAGCUUCGCUCUCUGCCACCUCCCUCUCCUGCUCACUUGGCUGCUUUAAGUGUUGCAGUUAUUGAAUUAGCAAAAGAACAAGGAAUAACAGAUGAUGACCUCAGAGUCCGUCAGGAAAUUGUGGAGGAAAUGUCAAAAGUUAUAACGACAUUUUUACCAGAAUGUUCACUUAGGUUGUAUGGCUCAUCCCUGAGUAAGUUUGCUUUGAAAAGUAGUGAUGUUAAUAUAGAUAUAAAGUUUCCUCCCAAGAUGAAUCAUCCAGAUCUUCUAAUACAAGUUCUUGGGAUUUUAAAAAAAACUGCAUCAUAUGUAGACGUGGAAUCUGAUUUUCAUGCUAAAGUUCCUGUUGUGGUGUGCAAAGAUCGGAAAAGUGGCUUACUUUGUAGAGUAAGUGCAGGAAAUGAUAUGGCCUGCCUCACUACUGAUUUACUUGCUGCUCUUGGCAAAAUGGAACCUGUCUUUACUCCCUUGGUGUUAGCCUUUCGCUACUGGGCUAAGUUGUGUUAUAUUGACUCCCAGACUGAUGGUGGAAUCCCUUCUUACUGUUUUGCUUUAAUGGUGAUGUUUUUUCUACAACAAAGAAAACCCCCUCUUCUUCCUUGCUUACUUGGAAAUUGGAUUGAAGGCUUUGACCCAAAAAGAAUGGAUGACUUUCAGCUGAAGGGCAUAGUAGAAGAGAAGUUUGUGAAGUGGGAAUAUAAUUCAAGUAGUGCAACUGAGAAAAACUCAAUUGCUGAGGAAAACAAAGCUAAGGCAGACCAACCAAAAGAUGAUACCAAGAAGACAGAAACAGACAACCAAAGUAAUGCCAUGAAGGAAAAACAUGGCAAAUCCCCUUUAACAUUGGAAACACCAAAUCAGGUAUCUUUGGGACAAUUAUGGUUAGAGCUGCUAAAAUUUUACACACUGGAUUUUGCUUUGGAGGAAUAUGUUAUAUGUGUACGGAUACGAGAUAUUUUAACAAGAGAAAACAAAAACUGGCCUAAAAGGCGAAUAGCUAUUGAAGAUCCAUUUUCAGUCAAGAGGAAUGUUGCACGGAGUUUAAACAGCCAGCUUGUUUAUGAAUAUGUUGUGGAGCGAUUCAGGGCAGCUUAUCGGUAUUUUGCCUGUCCUCAGAGGAAGGGUGGAAAUAAGUCUACAGUGGAUUUUAAGAAAAAAGAAAAGGGAAAAAUAAGCAAUAAGAAACCAGUGAAGUCUGACAGUAUGGCAACCAACUGUAGCAUUUUGUUUGGGGAAAGCACAGAAAAAAUAAAUGCAGAAAGAAAUCAACCUGAUAAAUAUGAUGAAAUGGAAUGUACAUCACAGAGAUGUAUUAAUGACAAUGAAAGUUUGUUGGUAAAUGAACUAGGUUUGGCUGACUGUGGACGGGAAUCUUCAUCUCUUUCUACCAGUGAAGGCAGUGAAUUAGAGACAAAAUCAGUGAAGAAACAAGAUGAUUUAGCACCUUCAGAAACUUGUUUAAAAAAAGAGCUCAGCCAGUGUAAUUGCAUGGAUUUGUCUAAGUCCCCAGACUCAGAUGAGUCUGCUGGAACAGAUUGCAGAUCAGAUUUAGAAAUGGACAGUUCACACCAGAUUGUGUGCACGAACACAUCGGCUACCUCUUAUAACUGCAAAGCUACAGAAGAUGCAUCUGACCUUAAGGAUGAUGAUAAUCUUCCGACCCAGGAAUUAUAUUAUGUGUUUGAUAAGUUUAUUUUAACCUCUGGCAAGCCACCAACGAUAGUAUGCAGCAUCUGCAAAAAGGAUGGCCAUUCAAAGAAUGAUUGCCCUGAGGAUUUCAGGAAAAUUGAUCUAAAGCCUCUACCACCAAUGACAAACCGAUUUCGAGAAAUACUUGAUUUAGUAUGUAAAAGAUGUUUUGAUGAGUUAUCACCACCUUUCUCUGAACAACACAACAGGGAGCAAAUUUUAAUUGGCUUGGAAAAGUUUAUUCAAAAAGAAUAUGAUGAGAAGGCAAGAUUGUGUUUAUUUGGCUCCUCUAAAAAUGGAUUUGGAUUUCGUGAUAGUGAUCUGGAUAUUUGUAUGACCCUGGAAGGCCAUGAGAAUGCAGAGAAAUUAAAUUGUAAGGAAAUAAUCGAGAAUUUGGCAAAAAUUCUUAAGAGACAUCCAGGUUUAAGAAACAUUUUGCCUAUAACCACUGCCAAAGUGCCUAUUGUAAAAUUUGAACACAGACGAAGUGGUUUAGAAGGAGAUAUCAGUUUAUAUAAUACAUUGGCUCAACAUAAUACGAGAAUGCUAGCUACUUAUGCAGCUAUUGAUCCUAGAGUGCAGUAUUUGGGAUAUACCAUGAAAGUGUUUGCUAAGCGAUGUGACAUUGGAGAUGCUUCCAGAGGAAGUUUAUCUUCAUAUGCAUAUAUCCUUAUGGUGCUGUACUUUCUGCAGCAGAGAAAGCCACCUGUUAUCCCAGUUCUACAAGAGAUCUUUGAUGGAAAACAAAUUCCAAAGAGAAUGGUUGAUGGAUGGAAUGCUUUUUUCUUUGAUAAAACAGAAGAACUGAAAAAGCGUUUACCUUCACUUGGAAAGAAUACAGAAUCAUUAGGAGAGCUUUGGUUGGGACUGCUUCGCUUCUAUACUGAAGAGUUUGAUUUUAAGGAGUAUGUUAUUAGCAUUCGGCAGAAAAAGCUGUUAACAACUUUUGAGAAGCAGUGGACAUCCAAAUGCAUUGCAAUUGAAGAUCCUUUUGACUUGAAUCAUAACCUUGGUGCUGGAGUUUCCAGAAAAAUGACCAAUUUCAUCAUGAAGGCAUUUAUCAAUGGAAGGAAACUUUUUGGUACCCCUUUUUAUCCACUCAUUGGCAGAGAAGCUGAGUACUUCUUUGAUUCCAGAGUACUAACGGAUGGAGAACUGGCUCCCAAUGAUCGAUGUUGCCGUGUAUGUGGAAAAAUAGGCCACUACAUGAAAGAUUGCCCUAAAAGGAAAAGCAGUUUACUGUUUAGACUAAAGAAGAAAGACAGUGAAGAAGAGAAGGAAGGGAAUGAAGAGGAGAAAGACUCCCGAGACCUUGACCCACGCGAUCUCCACGACUCUCGAGACUUUAGAGACCCCAGAGACCUCAGAUGUUUUAUAUGUGGAGAUGCAGGACACGUACGAAGGGAGUGCCCAGAGGUGAAGUUGGCACGUCAGAGAAAUAGCAGUGUGGCAGGUAAAUAGAAAAGGCCAGAAAUAAUUUCUGAUGGGGGUGAAGUCAUUUAUAUUGAUGUCUUGCUAAGGACACAGACU